AUGUUGUUGCAGUCAGUGUCAACACAACUCAAAUGGUUCAAGAAAUGCCAUAUUUAUUCACACAUAGAACUAGCAAACGAUUGGUAUCUCGUUGUUACCAUUAUGAUUGGUACUUUAAGCUAUGGAGCUGUUCCUGCUAUUUCCUCUAUUUUAACAGGAUCAAGCUUCAACUUGCUUCAAAACUUGGCCAAUGGCGAAUACCAAUCUCUAAAUGACAUUAUGCAUGUCCUAACUUUAAAAACCAUGGCAAUUCUAAUCACAGGAAUUGGUAGCAUACCUAUGUGUUGGCUGUCCAUAUCCACUUGGAUGCUACUUGGGGAGAGGCAGGGGUUUCGAAUGAGAAGAGAAUUGUUACGCACUUAUCUGGUUAAGCCACUAGAGUGGUAUGACAGCAACGAACAGCUUUCUGGACAAUUUACUCAGCUGAAUAGAUGCAUUGAAGAAUUAAGAGCAAGUUCCGCAGAAUCUUCUGCUAUCAUUUUCCAGAAUCUUGCUACCGUGAUCGCGCUGCUGAUUACAGCUUUCUACUACUCCUGGUCUCUGACUUUAGUGAUUAUUGCUAAUUCCCCUUUAGUCAUUGGAUUUGCAGUAUAUUUCUCAAGAUUAAUUGAAAAAUAUGCAGGGCGAGAGAACAAUGAAACAGCUGUUGCCGCCGAUAUAUUUGCAUGGACCAUGAAUGGUGCAAGAACAAUCAGACUUUUUUGCACGGAAGAACAUGAGCUAAGAAGAUUUGGAAAGAGCAUUAUGGGUUGUAAAGAUAACUAUAUCAAAACGGCCUUGUUCUCAUCAGCUAACUACGCAGUAUUGAGAUUCUUGACGCUGUGUAUGUUUGUGCAAGGUUUUUGGUUUGGAAAUACUAUGAUUAAGAAACAAAAGCUCGCUAUUGGAGAUGUGGUUACUUGUUUCUCUGCAUGUAUUUUGUUGGCAAGCACCCUGAACAACACCUUGCACCAAAUUGUUACGCUACAAAAAGGAGCUGUGGCUGUAAAUACCUUCUCAAAAUUUGUUGGUAGUCCUUCCACCAUCGAUGAAAUUGAAAUGGAGGUAAAAGAAGGCAAUACCUUUCUUAAUUUACUGGAAAUGCCCAAAGAAGAAUUAGUCAAUGGAGACAUAGUAUUCAAAGACGUGAGCUUUGCAUAUCCUGCCAGAAAUAGUCAACGAGUGUUGAAAAAGGUAAACCUUGUGUUUCCUUCGAAAAAAACUACAUUUGUAGUGGGAAAGUCAGGAUCAGGGAAGUCAACCUUGGCAAACCUUUUACUUAAACUGUACAAUCUUCACAGUGGCGGUAUAACGAUUGGUGAGCACAACAUUGAUAGAAUAAGUACAAAAUGGCUUCGAGACAAUAUUACAGUGGUCGAACAGAGUUGUGGACUCUUUAAUGAUACUAUAAGAAACAACAUCACACUUGGUACUUGUAUGAACGAGUCCAGAGAGGGUAUUGAGCAGGCCUGCGACAUGGCUCUUCUUUGCCCCCUUCUAGAUAACCUGGUAAACGGAUUGGAUACUAUAGUAGGUCGUUCUGGGGAAGGUUUGAGUGGUGGAGAGCAGCAAAGGGUUCUUUUAGCUCGUGCAAUCUUGAGAGACACCCCUAUUCUUAUUUUGGAUGAGGCUUUAAAUGCUCAAGAUAUCGUAAACCGAAGCUCCCUCAUAGAAGCUAUCAAAGUUUGGCGGGAAGGAAAAACAACAAUCAUCUUAACGCAUGAGUUAAGUGAAAUUUCAAGUUCAGACUUUCUUUAUUUGCUCGAAGCUGGAAAGGUAGAGGAGUGUGGCUACAAAAAAACUCUUCUACAAGAUUGUUCUAGCAAGUUUUACCAAUUACACGAACUCCAGAGAAACUCAGAUUACGAGAAGACAACACUUGACCUUCAUGACAUUCUGCCAUUGGAAAACGAUAAGAAGGAUGAUAUUAUUUGUCAUGAAAUCGAAGAGAUUGUUUCAGAUACCGAGACGCCGGUAAAUGACAAGCCAUCCUCAAGCUUCAUGCCCGAGUGUUAUUUGAAUCCAAAAAAUGUGAUGAGGAGCUCAGUUGAUAUUCUUAGAGAGCAGCUAAUGCACCCUUCUCGAGAGAGACCUUCAAGUUCGACUUGGAAUUCGAGCUACAAUCACUGGACGUAUUUGGAGAACGAGAACGAUCUCGAAGGUAACAGAAAUGACCUAAAACCCAUGAAAAUUCAUAAGGUGAUGUUAAACAUGUAUUCAACUCUAACAACGAAAGGUGUUCUCUUAAUGGGCCUUUUAUUCUCAGUUUUAUCAGGGGUUGCGAAUCCUUUAUUUUCUUUCACUUUUGCCAACCUCCUCAAGGGUAUGGUGCCCCAUGAGGACGGUAUAGGAUCUUCUUAUUACUUGAGAAAAUGGUCUUUAAUUGUUUUAUCUGUUGCCUUUUGUGAUUCCCUCUUCACAUUUUUAAAAUGCUUCAGUCUUUCCUAUUGUGCCGAGUACUGGAUUUUGAACCUAAGAAUCAAGGCGAUGGAGAAGAUAUUGGGCAAUAGCAUAGAAUGGUUUCGUCUGAACAAAAAUGAUACCGCAAGAAUAUCAUCAUUGGUCUUAAAUGAUUUACGAGAUUUAAGAUCGCUGGCAUCCGAAUUCUUAUCUGCAGUCACCACCUUAAUCGUAAUAUCUCUUUGUGGUUUAUCAUGGUCUUUAGCGUCCGGUUGGAAGUUGAGUCUUGUCUGUAUAUCGUUCUUUCCCGCAUUCGUUUUAUUUACUGGUCUAUACGGUUCCAGCCUACAGGAUUUAGAGACCAAAUACAAGACGAUAGUUGCCGAACUCGAAAAUCACAGUUAUCAAAUAAUCAAGAAUAUGAGAACCGUUAAAAGUCUUCAGCUACAGGCCCAUUUUACCAAGACGUACAAGAAAUUCGAAGAGGAAAUGUCGAAUAUUUCCAGGAAACGAGCGAUUGCGACUGGAUUAGGAGUGGCAAUAGCGAAUGCUUUGAUUUUGGUCACGCAGUCAGUAAUAAUCUAUUAUGGAAUGAAGCUUGUCAUUAUUGGUGAGUAUAAUUCUGCAAAAAUGCUUCAAACGUUUACUCUCCUCCUUUUCACCAUCAUGAGUUGCGUUUCAUUAGCUGCGCAAAUCCCUGAGAUCAGCAGAGGCCAGCGGGCUGCAGCCCACAUAUUUGAUAUUCUUCUCAAAAGAGGGGACGACAACUACAUCUCACAUAAGAGAAGGUAUUUGCCUUUCAAUAUUAGCAAAAAGACACCGCUGGUGAGUAUCAAUGAUAGGAGAUUCCCCCACGCUCAUGGCUCUACGGAACGGCUAGCUAACUCUCUCAACAUCGACGUCUACCGGAAUGAGAUUGUAGGAAUAGUUGGAGAGUCAGGAUCAGGAAAAACCACUCUUUGCAACAAACUGUUAGCUCUACAUGCAGUUCCGGAAGGUCUGGUUUAUAUUGAUGAUACAGACAUCAAUGCUUGGGACUGUACCAGACUUAGGUCUCAAAUGGCAGUUGUUGAUCAGAGGCCACAAUUUUUUUUUGGAUCAAUUAGAGAUAACUUGACUUAUGGGGUUCAUCGCAGUGUGGGUGACACUGAACUCUUUUACAACUUGAAGAAGGUUGGUCUUGAUGAGCUUAUUUACUCUUUCCCAUGCAAACUGGAUACCGUCUUCGACAAUGAUUUGAUGUCAGACGGGCAAAUCCAACGAUUCGCGAUAGCCCGAGCUUUAUUGCGGAAGCCUCAGAUUCUUAUCCUGGAUGAAUGCACCUCAUCUUUAGACCCACUUCACGCCUAUUCCAUUACUGAAAUCGUGAAAAAUAACCUGCGAAACACAACCGUUAUACUGGUAACUCAUCAUGAACAAUUAAUGCGUGUUUGCGACCAUUUAAUAGUGCUCCGCAACGGGGCUGUCGCGGAACAAGGCUCUUUUGAUCAAUUAUUUGAAAAGAAGCGCGAACUGCAUAGAAUCGUAACCAAAGUUAGCGAAAUCUGCUAG